AUGGCGCCACGCCGCUGCUCUGCGGCGUUUCUUCAUUUCAAGAAAGCGCUGCGGCGAGACGAGGCGGACGUGCAUGCGGAUGCCAUGCAUGCAGAUGCAGGUGUCAUCGAGUGCAGGCACAAUCAGGGAGCAGAGAGGAGAGUGCUGCCUGUUUUAUGUGUCAAGGGCGACUUCAACGAGGCUAUCUGGCAGUUUGAGCACUUCUCCCUCACUCGCGGCGCCGAGAGCCAGAUGGAGGCUUUUCGUGAAGCUCUGGAUGAUUGUGCACUCACUGAUCUUGGAUUUAGAGGCGUUCCUUUCACUUAUGAUAACAAACAUGCCGGUAGGAAGAAUCUCCCCCGCACGACCCCGCGAACUCCGCCGCCGCACUCGCCCCCGCCCCCUGCCGCCGCCCACUCCACCCCUGCCUCCCCCCCCGCCGUCUCCACCCGCCGUUGCCCCGGCCUCCCCCGACCGCGCUGCGCCGCCCCGGCCUCCCCCGACCCCACCGCCGUCCCGGCCUCCCCCCGACCGCGCGCCGGCCGCGGCUCCUGCCGGCCCGCGCGCCCGGCCCUCCCGUCCCCGGCCGACCCUGCCCUCCCGUCCCCGGCCGUCCCUGCCUCAACAGGCCCUCCACCGCCGCCCCUGCUCGCCCGCUGCACCGGCCGCCCCUGCCUCACCGUCCCCGGCCGCCCCUGCCUCACCGUCCGCGGCCGCCCCGGCUUUGUGGUAUUUCAUCUCCCUGGAGCCUUCGUCGUCUGGGUUUGGUCCGUGAUCAUGCUGCUGCUCGACUACUUCCUCUACAGCGGAGGGUGA